AUGCCAGAGACAGCGCAAGAGACCUGUGCUCCGUCUAAAGACUCGCCUUUUUCAAUUAAGAACCUGCUGAACUGUGAUAGCAAACCGUCGAAGCCUAAGCCUCUUCUCGCCUCAGCAAAAGGGGUUUUGGAGGGUGGCUUCUCGCUCACUCAGGUUGGGGACUUGAGCUUUCCACGUUUUGAAAUACCGACCCAGAGGUUUGCUUUACCUGCGCACUACUUAGAGCGAGCUUCCGCGUGGUGGUACCCCUACACUCUGGGGUCGUCAGGCCACGUACACAGAACAGGAGUUGCCGAGAAGACAAGCGUAAGAGAGUCUUCGCCAGCUUCAUGUACAGACAGAGAUUCACCCGACCUGGUUCUCAAAUCCGACCCUGACGCCAAAGAGGACGAUGGCAGUAAAAGCGCGGACGAAGUCGUUCUGGAAGAGAGUGAUUCGGAGGAACCAAAAAAAGAAGACGAAGCGGACGACUGGAAGAAAAGGGAGGACAACCCGGACAAGAAACCGUGCCGAAAAAAGAAAACGCGCACUGUCUUUUCCAGGAGUCAGGUAUUUCAACUGGAGUCCACCUUUGACAUGAAGCGCUACUUGAGCAGCUCGGAGAGGGCCGGCUUGGCGGCGUCGUUGCACCUGACGGAGACUCAGGUUAAGAUCUGGUUCCAAAACAGGAGAAACAAGUGGAAGAGGCAGCUGGCCGCGGAGCUGGAGGCCGCCAACCUGAGCCAUGCGGCCGCGCAGAGGAUAGUGCGAGUGCCGAUUCUGUACCACGAGAACUCAGCCUCAGACACGGGGAGCGCUGCGGGCAACGCGCCAGUGAGCCAGUCCCUCCUCACGUUUCCUCACCCAGUGUAUUAUUCACAUCCCAUAGUGACCUCCGUGCCGCUGCUGAGACCGGUCUGA